AAAGACUGUAUCUGUAUUGUAGGUAGAGAAUUUUUUGAUGGGAAUCAAUUUUCGUUCUAAAAUUCCAUUCCCAUUUUAAUAAAAAUUGGAUCUUUUAAUUAUUUUCCUCUUUCUCUCUCUCUCAAGUCUGUAGGGAAUAUUCUGAUGGGAAAUAUAUAUAUAUUUACACCAAUAUUCUGAUGGAAAAAUUUCAGUUUAAUUCCAAUCACAUUUUAAUAAAAUUGGAUCUUUAUGAUUUUUCCUUUCCUUCUGAUGCUGCUAUUUAUUUUUAUUUUUGAUAUUUUCUUUUGGGUUCUUGGCAAGUACCCUGUUUGGACCAAGUAUCAAUCGGUCAUUCGCAUUCCUAGGUACUCUUCAGAUCCGAAAAUUUCUCUCUUCCGCUGCUCUCUAGAUAGGCAUUCCUCUGUCUUCAACACCCACCGUUUCUCGAAACUAUUUUUUGCUCUUCUUUUCUUACGGGAUAUCGUUGAUUAGAAUUCAAUCGGCGGUUCUAGUCAAUUGACAGUUGAAAGUAUAGGAACAGCCAUUCUCAAAGCAAAGAGAUUUCACGCUUCAGAUUGAUUGUGAGUUUCUUGUUCGCUUGUCAGUCUUCUCUCUCUUGACCCAAGAAAAAGUACGAGUUACCCUUUUCUUGUGCUUUGAUUGGUUGUUGUAACGAAUUGCAUUGUUUGAUUUCUAGCAAUGUGGGUCGGUUUCUGAUGAGAAGAUCUGAUUUUGUGAUCUGGGCUGCGAUUAAUUUCUCUUUUCAUUGUGAAGGGUUCUGAAUUUGAUUGGAGUUCUUUGAUUUCGAAGUUUCUGGUGUAAUAUUUGUGCAUUCAGCUAAGAAUUUGAAGGGACUGAAAUUUGGGAUUUCGAGUCAGUGCUAAUUAAGGAUCUCUGAUCUGUUGGAAUUGUUUUUGAAUGCUGAGGAUGCUGUUAAGGCCUCUGCCCAAUGUUGCGGGUAUUUGGGAAGAAUAAAUUAGUUUUAUGUUUCAGGAACAUUAAGCUUCCUGUUAAGAGAAACAAGGGGCUGAAGCUUUCAUGCGGCAUGGGCUGCGUUUGCUCCAAAGGGGGAAACGAUGACAACAAAGUCAAGAAAGAAAAAGGGUCAAAGAAAUCUUCGAAAAAAUUGGUAGCUUCGACGAGGAAGGAGGAGGUUGUGGUGGAGGUUGAUAAUGGAGGCAAUGAUGCAACUGCAAGGCUUAUAUCAAGAGAGAAUGCGGAGAAAAGUGCUGGCUCCACUCCUGCUGGGUGGGAGGAAGGGGAUCGGAAGCCUAUGGGUUUUGAGAAACCUGAAGCGUCGCACACGCAUAAACGGGCGAUAUUGGAGCCUGGUAAGCAAGGAGGGCAACCUCAGAUGUGUAGGGUAUUCAGUGUACGAAAUGGAGUAGAUGGGGCGCAAGUUGUUGCUGGAUGGCCAUCAUGGCUGACUUCUGUCGCUGGGGAAGCCAUCAAAGGAUGGAUACCUCGAAAGGCAGAUUCUUUCGAGAAGUUGGAUAAGAUUGGUCAAGGUACAUAUAGCAGCGUGUACAGAGCUCGUGACCUUGAAAGCGGAAAAGUUGUUGCACUGAAAAAAGUGCGAUUUGUCAACAUGGAUCCGGAAAGCGUCCGUUUCAUGUCUAGGGAAAUCCUUAUUCUACGCAGGCUGGAUCAUCCAAAUGUCAUGAGGCUUGAAGGUCUUGUCACUUCCAGAGUUUCAGGCAAUUUAUACCUUGUGUUUGAAUACAUGGAGCAUGAUCUUGCUGGACUUGCAGCUUCACCUGCUGUCAGGCUUACCGAACCACAGAUCAAGUGCUUCAUGCAACAGAUGCUUCGUGGACUUGAACACUGUCAUAGUCGUGGAGUCUUGCACCGAGAUAUUAAGGGCUCAAACCUUCUGAUCGACAACCAUGGAAAUCUGAAAAUUGGUGAUUUCGGGCUGGCGACUUUUUUCCACGCCAGUAAAAAGCAGCCUCUAACUAGUCGUGUUGUAACCUUGUGGUAUCGACCACCUGAGCUUUUGCUUGGUGCAACAGACUACGGAGUGUCUGUAGAUCUGUGGAGUUCAGGUUGCAUUCUUGCUGAACUGUUUGCCGGAAAACCAAUUAUGCCCGGAAGGACAGAGGUGGAACAACUGCACAAAAUAUUUAAACUUUGCGGUUCACCCUCAGAAGAAUACUGGAAAACAUCAAAAUUACCUCACGCAACAAUCUUCAAACCUCAACAUCCUUAUAGACGAUGCAUUACUGAGACAUUCAAGGACUUUCCUCCUUCGGCUUUAUCGCUUUUGGAAUCUCUCCUUGCUUUCGAAGCAGAGCUUAGAGGGACGACAACUUCCGCACUUCAUAGUGAGUUCUUCACGACGAAGCCUCUUCCUUGUGAUCCUUCGUCUCUGCCGAAAUACCCACCUAGCAAAGAAUUUGAUGCCAAAAUGCGAGAUGAGGAGGCAAGAAGACAGAAGGCGGCCGGCGGGAAGGGAGGUGGAGCUGAAUCUUCAAGAAAAGGCUCAAAAGAGUCAAGAGCAGUCCCAGCACCCGAUGCUAAUGCCGAACUACAAGCGUCAAUACAGAAAUGGAAAGAACAGUCAAACCCCAAAAGCAACAGUGAGAUGUACAAUCGUGGAGAAAAUGGUGGUUCUGGCUUCCCGAUGGGACCUUCCAGAGGAUCCCUGCAAACCGGUCAUUCCAUGCUCAUGGGUUCAUCUGGAAGUUCGUCACAAGCUGCGGACGAGGGGCUCCACAUCAAUUCUCGCCGGGCAUUGGAUUCUACAGGAUGUCGGGAGUUGAAGAUUCAGAGAUCUUUUAAACCCCAGGGAACGACAUCACGAUUGUCUAGAUUCUCCAAUUUGGUGGCUGAUGGAAGCUCACAACUCGAUUUUAGCAGAGAUCAUUGGCCGGACCAUUGUUCAAAUACAAGAUACGAACAAAUCAAUGAAGGCGAGUCGUCUAACCAUUUGCUGGGCAGACCAGAUUCUCCCCACAAGAGUAACGGACAGGCACCUCGCAAGGAGAAUAAUACGGGUUAUGGUUUUAAGAAGACAAGAAUGCAUUAUUCUGGACCGCUGUUGCCUCCUGGUGGAAGUGUGGAGGAAAUGCUCAAAGAGCACGAGAAACAGAUCCAGAUCGCCGUCAGAAAAGCUCGUAUCGACAAGAAUAAGACCAGAAAAGGCUACACUGAUAACGGACAAACAGAUUCACUCCUAGGAUACGUGAAUAACGGCCACUGAUUAUGGAAACGAACCACAAGCUGCUGCUCAAAAUGUAUCUUCCACCUUUACCCUACAUCAAGAAUGGCGAAAUAGAAUGACACGGAGGCAAAGUAUUGUUCCGUGCUGUUGACGAGGAGGUUCAGGAUGAUGUCUGCUAUCAGCCUGGCCUGCUGAAGUUUGUGGAACAGAGAAAAUUCAACCUCGGCUAAAUGUAUUACUCUUAGCCCGACUCCACAAGAGAUAGGGCGAACAUUGAUUCUACAACGAUGGAUGGAACAUUUUUUUGGGCAUGUAAGAAAGGAUGUAUAGUUUUUAUAUGUAAAUCCUUCUUUUAUAUGAAGGUCUGCUGAUUCCUGCUAACCUGGGACGAUAUUCGGCCAGCAUUCUGGCUGACUUACUAUUGGCAGAACUACCAUUAGAUUCUGUACAGUCUUUGGCAAAUUUUGCUGUGUAAAACAGUACCUUUCUAGAAUUAAGUCAAGAUGGGAUCAAGUCUCUGCAUUUGCCGGUAAGAUGCAAGUACUUAUUCUGGAGGUUAAGGAUAGAUCUUUUCCAUUACAACCUUUGUCUCGUGUCUGCUUUGUGCAGAGGUGUGUUGAACAUAGAGAUUGAUUCUCCAUUUUGUUCAACUAUGGAAGUUUCUCCGGGUAACCUCAAUUUUUACAAACUCUCUCGUUCACAAGUUCUUAUA